CUAGCUGCACUGCAACCAGCCGUCUAGCAGAAGUGAAGUAACCAAGCAUGGCUGCUGCUCCUCUGUCCUACUACGCACUCCUCGUCCUCCUAGUUCUCCCCUCAUCUCUAGCCACGGCCGGCUUCCCUGCCCGCGCCCUCCUCCAGACGUGCAACCCGAGCGGCACCAUCCGGGGCAAAUCGGGCACCUGCAACCCGGAGAACGGCUCCGAGUGCUGCGUGGACGGGCAGCGGUACCAGACGUUCGCGUGCUCCUCGCGGGUCACGGGCCGCACGCGGGCCGUGCUCACGCUCAACAGCUUCGCGGACGGCGGGGACGGCGGCGGGAGGUCCGAGUGCGACGAGAAGUUCCACGCCGAUUCCGAGCCCGUCGUGGCGCUCUCCACCGGGUGGUACGACGGCGGGGGCAGGUGCGGGAAGCGCGUCGUGAUCCGGGCCGCCAGCGGGAAGACCACGACGGCCAAGGUCGUGGACGAGUGCGACUCCACCCGCGGUUGCGACGACGAGCACAACUUCGAGCCGCCGUGCGCGAACAACGUCGUGGACGGGUCGCCCGCGGUGUGGAAGGCGCUCGGGCUCGACACCGACGACGGGGUCGUGCCCAUCACCUGGUCCGACGCUUGACGUGUCACGUGCUUCCGUGGCCCGUGGGCAGGAAUAAUAAGCUCAUGCAUGCAUGCGUGGCGAACUUGAAGUGGCCUUGUCGAUCGAUUAUGCGUAAUGUCAGUCACUGGUAGUCUUAUCUCAUGCAGAAUUACGGCCACCACUGUAGUUCGGCACUUUCCGGUUUUGUUUUAAGUGUCUAAGGUUGGUAAAAAAAAAUCGAAGUCUGUUUGAAAUUACCGAGUCCAAGUGCCAGGAUGAUUUUUCAAGUCACCAAGAAUUCGUUGAGUCGCUC